CCACUCCUCCCUUCUCACACGCUAAUGUGGAAUCCCAGUAUUUUUGUUCCUUCCUGUUAGAAAAAGAAAGGCAUAAUCUCUGUCCGAAGCCAUCUCCCAGCUCUCCUCGACUCCCCCAAGCUCCCAUCUCUUCUUGUGGAUCCGCCCAAGAAGUGAGCCCCCUCCGCUAUGGCUUUGCCUGCAAUGCCACCGCUCCCUGGGCUCUUCGCACCUCCCAUCCUCCGCUCCACCAUCGACCGCUUGGCCUCCCACCUAAACCCCCUCCCCCCCUCGUCCUCCGGCCUCGAGGAACCACUCCAAACGCUGCACCGCGCUUUGCUCCGCGUCACAGAGACGAUUCCAGCCAAAACCCAGUGCUCGCAUGACCUCAUGAGCCAACUCAGAGACGUCGCCUACGCCGCCGACGACUUGGUUGACGAGCUCGAGUACAGAGCAUUACAACAACGAGUGGAGGAGAUGGCCGAAGCUUCAGCCAAUCAAAAAACUGCUGGCCUCAAUCUCUCGGUAUUCAAAGGCUUCCAAACCGGAGAAAAUGACGCCGUGAAUCAGCCUGUGAUCCCGAGCCAGCCUAGUGGAGAAUCCUCGGUCACUACAUCUGGUGGCGGAUCCUCGCUGCCGGUAUCCGACGGUGCCGGCACCGGCGGCGAAGGUGAAGAAAACCAAACAACUGGCGCAACCGGCAAACAAGGCUCCAAUAGGAGAAGAAGUCGAUCCUCGUUAACCCUAUGCAGCUGCUUUCAUGAUACAGAUGGUCUCACGGACUCAAAAGUUGGUGCAUCCUCUAAUUCUAUUCAAACUCCAGAGCAUACUGAAAGACGACCAAGGAGGGGCUCUUCACUGACUCUCUUCAAACCUUUACGUUCCGUGAGUAGUCUAAUUAUCAAGUGGCGGCGCAAGGAAGUUGGCCAGCAUCAAGUUGGUGAUGAUGCUAUGGACAAGAAAACUGGAUCCCCUGCUACUUUGCGAGAUGAUGCUAACAAGAACCACUUCAACCAGGGGAAGGAUGAUCCAAGUUUUGCUCAAAACAAUGCCAAUUUGCAGGCUGAUGGUGUUGCCAUGAGUGAAGCAAGUGGCUCUUCAGAUUCGACGCACAAAGAUGAUGAAGGUACCACCGACGAGGUAACUGAUUAUAAUCUACCAGAAAUUUCUUAUGAAAAAGUGAUUGCAAAAAGGAUCGAGAAAAUUGUAGAGCAAUUAUACCGUAUUUCUAGUCAAUUGGAGGAUGCCUUGAACAUUCCACGCAUGGAUAAUGAUCUUAGAGAACUACCUGAGAAACUAAACAGCUGUAGGAUUACCUCAACCACUAAGCAAGGGGAGGUAUAUGGUCGUGAUGGUGAGAGAGAGCAACUGGUAAGGAUGUUGUUGGAUUCGGGAGAUGGUGAGGAGAAUGUACCUGUCAUUGCGAUAUUUGGUGCGGGGGGUGUUGGCAAGACAACUCUAGCUCAGUAUGUGUAUAGUGAUAAACGAAUCGAGAAAUAUUUCCAUUCAAGGGGGUGGAUCUGUGCCUCCGAUGAUAUUAAUGUGAUGAGGAUUGCAGGAGUGAUUUUGGGGCAUCCCCGGCAUCCCCUCACUAAUAGAGUUGAUGAAAUUUCUCAAUUUGAAAAACUAGACUUCCUAGAAGAGAUUCUAGAGAAGGAGCUGGAAGGAAAGAGGUUCUUGCUUGUGCUCGAUGAUGUUCAGAGCAUUGAGUGGACAACACGCUUCGCUGCUAUAAAAUCUGGUCAAAAGGGCAGCAAGAUUGUGAUAACAGCUAGAAGGGAAGAAGUGGUACAUAAGGAAGUUAAGAGGAACAAAAUUGUUUUGGAGGGUUUAAAUGGGGAUGAUUUUUGGUUAUUCUUCAAGAAAUGUGCAUUUGGUGAUGAAGACCCAGAUAAAUAUCUAGAAUUGCAGAGGAUUGGGAAGGAAAUAGCUGAAAAGCUGAAGGGUUUGCCGUUGGUGGCAAAGGUGGUGGGAGGGCUGUUACAAGUUAAUCUGGAUGGUGGCCACUGGACAAACAUUUUAAGCAGUGAGUUAUGGGAGUUAGCCAGGGAUCCCUAUGACAUCAUGCCAUCUCUGAGAUUAAGUUAUCAAUACCUACCUUCUCACCUCCAAUGGUGCUUUGCCUAUUGUUCAGCAUUUCCCAGAGGUUACCCGUUUGAUGUUGACAAGUUGGUCAAUAUAUGGAUUGCUCAGGGAUUAGUUCAAUCAAAAGACAUGAACAAGAGACUAGAGGAUGUAGGAGGAGAGUACGUUAAUGACUUGCUAUCCAGGUCUUAUUUGGAAAUCCCCAACUAUACUAAAUCUUACUGGCGAAGAAGAUACCAUGUGAUGCAUGAUUUGUUGCAUGAGUUGGCAGUAUCUGUUUGUUUGGAUGAAUGUCUCAUAUAUGAGGGUAAGGACUUAGGAAUCAUGCCAAAGACAAUUCGCCACUUAUCUUUGUCUCAUUGGGCUGAACUUAAUUGCUUUUCUGAAUGGGAGAGCUUGCGAACCCUUAUUGUUAACUCCAUGCAUCGCAUAGAUUUUGGAGGACUAAGAAGCAUCCGGGUGCUAGAUUUAUCUUACAGCUACAUGAAGCAGCUGCCAGAUGCUGUCAGUCAUCUGAUACAUCUUCGAUACCUGGAUCUUUCUGGCAAUAGUAUUUACAGUUUACCUGAAUCACUGUGUAGGCUUUACCAUCUACGGACACUGAUCAUACCUGAUAUAUGUCACAGAUUACCUAAAGGGGUGACUAAUCUAAUCAACUUGCGGCAUCUCAGUGCAAGUGAUGAAGCAGUAUCUUGGAUUGCUGGAAUUGGGAAGUUAACCUGCCUUCAGGAAUUGAAGGAAUUUCAUGUCAGAAUUGUCAGAGGACAUGACAUCGGGCAGUUGAAGAACAUGAGGGAGCUUAGAGGAGAGCUUUGCAUUCAGAGUCUUGAAGAUGUCGGAAGUAAGGAAGAGGCAAUUGAGGCUAACUUGAAAGACAAAAUCCAUAUUGAAAAGUUGCAACUGAAAUGGAGUCGGUGGAUUCGGAAGAAGAUCAGGCCUGAUGCGCAGGAGAUACUUGAAUGGCUCCAACCACCACCUGUUCUCAAAGUGCUGGAGCUGCAUUGGUUUAGAGGUGCCCGGUCUCCGAGUUGGCUAGCAGCACAAUGUCUCCAAUCAUUGCAGUCUAUUUAUCUAAAAGGCUGUGAAAGGUGGCGGCGACUCCCGCCUCUUGGACAGCUGCCUGUUCUUGAGGUUCUCCGCAUGGAAAGUAUGGAUGUGGUAGUUGAUGGAGGUGAUUCAGUCAUUGAGAUAUUUCCAUCCUUGAAGGAGCUAUGGUUGGUUGGCAUGUCAGUCUUGUUUGAGGGCAUCUCAUUUGAAGACCAAGGUCGCAAGUUUUUUCACCACCUUCAAAAGUUGAAAGCUUUGAAUUGCAGUAAGGUGAAAGGAUUACCCCCACUUUCCAUGCUUUCAUCACUAGAAGAGCUUGAGGUGAAAAUGUGUCCUGAUCUUGAAAGUGAGCUGCCUGAAUGCUUGAAGGCCCUCACUUCUCUUUCCUCACUAAAAAUGUCAGCACCAAAGCUAACAUACUUCCCAGGAGAGGUAAUGCAAUACCUCAAACACUUGGAGGUUGAUUGUUGUCCAUAUCUGUCAUCCUGGUUGGUUGAGGAGCAUGAUGAAGCUGGAACGUUGUCUCUCAUCUCUCUCAGCAUGGUUAAAACACCCCUGCCCACAGGACCAGUCCUUAUGAGAUACCUCACCUCCCUCCGAGAGUUGAAAAUUGACAAUGUCUUGAAAAUUGACAAAGACUUGAAAACUAAGCCUGUCACAUCCUUCACUACCGAGCAGAAAGAGUGGUUUAAGAACCUCACCUCACUCCAGGAGCUAUGUAUCUCCAAUUGUGAGAGUCUCAUUGAACUUCCUAUGGAGCUACAUAAACUUCCCUCUCUGGAGAAGUUGGCCAUAACAUAUUGUCCUAAGAUCAGAGCUUUGCCUAUUGGCUUGCCUACCUCUUUGAAAAAGUUGGAUAUUUGGGGAUGUAAUCCGGCAUUGGUAGUACAAUGGCAAGGUGAAAGAGCUCCUGAUUGGGUCAAUUGUAUCCCUUACAAAUCUAUUUAUUGAGCAAGCAAGAAGGUAAAGAGCUUGAGAAGAAAGCUCAAGCUAUUGCUGCUUUCAUGUUAACUAGUGAUAUGAAUACAUUCUCGCUCCUCUCCUCUCCUCUAUUUCUCUCCCUUUACUGACAACUUAAUGGCUUUUGAAAGGUGUUUGGUAAUGUCUUAAAAUUAAAAUGAUAGCAAGGCCUGACCAAUUGAUUCUUGCUGGUUGAAUUCUGAUCUGAAGGCCUAUUGCAUGUCAUUUUUAUGCUCAUACUAAGGGGUUAGCCUUGUAUCAACUCUAUUUCUAUUUUAAAUUUCUAAGGCUGUCAUUUUUUAAUGAACUUUGAUAUGGUUUUGAAUGGAAAGGGAGAAUUUAAUCAGUAAAUAGUUGAGGCCAAUAUGGACUAUAUGAGCUAAUUUAAUCAAUAGUCUGUUCAAUUUCUAGAGAAUAAAAACGUGGGUUCAAUGUGAUUUGCACUGUUAUAUUCAUGAAUUGGGGAUUUCAAUCUUUCUAAGUAGCUUUAUUGAUGUUGUUGCAAUUUCCUCUGGUGCUAGGGAGAAUGAACUUACUGCUGCUUGGACUGUUAGCUCUGGUAUGAUUGAAAACACUUGCCUUACACAGGAUUGCAGUUAUUUUCAUUUAUGAGAACGAACACAGUGGUUUUACUCAUCUCAUGAAGCUUGUAAUUUGAAUUUUUUUUAACUGGUUACAUCCCUGUACUAAUCUGAUUUAGAGAUUUUGGAAUAUAUUUCAUCUUCUUCAUUUUUUCUGCUCUGGUUAUGUCAUUUCAAUGUGCUUUAUUUUUUUUUAAGCACCUAACAUGAAGGCCUGGAAUGUAUAUUAUCACCUUUUGCUGCAUGAAUCACUUUCAUUAGUGUAUUGACUUGAGGAGAUUUAGCGACCAUGCAUCCCUUUUUAUGCUGUAUGGUUUGUGGCUAAUCAUCAAUAUUCUUCUGGUAUCAUUUGGGGAUCUAUGAUGACUUGCAAAGUGGGAAUGCUUUCUAUCUUCAUGUUGUACAAAAAUAUCAAAUAGUAUGCAUACCACGCAUUGUCGCAGGGUCCAUGUGUCUGUGUUUGAUAAUGCACAUUCUCAUCUCAACUUCAUUGAGAUGUCAUUAUGUGUUGCAGGGGCUGAGGAGACUUCAGAAGGUCAUUCAUGCACUAACAAUGCACUUACCAUGAUAUUUCCAUCUGGACCAAAAGAUGGUAAGAUUAGGGUAGU